AUGACUUCUUUUACAGCUCGGAAUCCUUCGUAUAUACAACGCGAGCCUGAGCCCUUCUUUUGGAGCAGGCCUGAGAUAGAACUGCAAGAUCAUGAUCCUUUUGUCGCGGCCGAUCUGCCCCUGUUACCUCCAGACACUCCCUUGCCGCGCCCAACCCCCGACACCAACGAUCCACUACAAAAUAUCGAAGCCAGCAUCAAUGACCCUAGGGCUUUAUUCGAGCUGGUUAUCGAUAGGUUGCGACAGGAAUAUGUCACACAUCCAAACCAGACAACGUAUGCACUGAGUUUGGCUCAGACUCAUCUAGGGACCAAUGCAAUUCGAAGACUCAUCGCACCGAGGAUUGUCCCCCCAAGAUCACCGCAACCGCCUGCAAUGCCGUCUGCCAUCUCUCCUAUCCGUCGUGCUAACAGUACCGGACAACGUUAUUUGUGCAAACUGUGCCCAUCACCUGUGCGUAUAACUUCACGAGGCGCUUUCAAAAGACAUGUCAACGAGAAACACCAACCAAAGUCAAUGUUUCUCUGCAUGCACUGCGAAUGGAGAAGUACACGUAAAGACAAGCUUCGGGAUCAUCUAAAGACUAGACACUACAAUGAAUUUGAUCGCGAGCAAGAUCUUACCGAAAUGGAACUGGUCAUGGCUGAACCCAGCAAAUGUGAUCUAUGCGACACCGAUACGUGGAUGGAUCAUAAACCCCCGUUUGCAUCUUGGGACGAAUGGUUUGCAGGAAUCGUAGCCCAUUGCCGGAUUGAUGACACAUCAGAGGACGAACCGAAAAAAGAACCAGAAAGUCCUCCGAAUCAGGGUGACGGAAGUGCAGGUGGAAGUUCCGGUUUUCUUUUCCCAAAUUUUACAUUUACAUCCGGGCCAAGUGCUGGAAGUGCGUCUCUUUUCCAGGGCAGCAAUUUGGCUUCCGAUUCGGUGUUCACGUCAUGGACAUUCAACAGGCUGACACAUAAGCUGGGUGACGAAAGUAAAAGUCGCAAAGGAUUAAUUUCGAAAACAUCGCCUAACGAGAAAAGGCUCGAUUCAAGUGAUAUCUUGAAAAAGCUGGGCAGAUUAUCUUUGGAUAAUCAUCCAUCAGAAACAAAAACUUCGAGUCGAAUCGGUUCCUUUGAAGUUACAGAAUGGGUUCCAAGAGAGAUGAUGUUGAUAUCAGAGAUCAUCCAAGAACUUGAAAUAGCCACACUUGUCUUCUCAAUCAACAAAAUUUCCAUUCGCCUGACUGGGAAGGUACAAGGCAUGAAGUCCGAAAAUCAUGCCAAAGUCGCCAUCGACCCUCUGGUCCUUGGUGAGAAUACGUUAUAUCGCAUACAUUUUGAUCACUCGAUCUCACAUCGUAUAUUAACACGUCAUCUGAGACGCUGCCAUAAUUCCUUGAAUGCAAUUCAGCGGGAAUUAUCAUCAGCCCCAACGGUUCCUGCAGCUGUCGAGACAACGAAACAGCAAAUCGAUCGCCGCAAGCGACUCUCGUCGCUUUGGGCCCGACUGAGGGCAGUCAGCUUCGUUCUUUCGCUUCAGAAGGAGGUAGCCGUUGAUGAGGAAUAUGUGCCAUCAUCGCCACAUGCCUCCAACAAGAACCAACUCACGUCAACCAAACAUGGCCGUCCGAUAGCUACGAUGUCGUCUUUCACCUCUGAAGCCCUAGGAUCUCUGUAUAGCCUCGCACAGAAGCACCUUCCCAUCGACUUUGGCGACGAUACUUACGAAGCUCAUAAGAAGGACAAUCUCAAGUCCUGUUCAAGGUCUCCGAGCGUCAACAGUCCGCUCGGCGUGUUUGGUUUUCUACAAAGUUUGACGGCUUUUAUAUCCAACCCUCAACCAUCUCUGGUGGACUCGUAUGAUACGACCGAUUUGUAUGGUCUAUUGCAUCGUUCAAUAACGAAUAUGACGACAACAUCUUUCUGA